AUGGCUGCGGAGCAGGCGUUUGGGAGGGCCAUGCACACGGGAUUCCCUUCGGCCAGCGAGGACAGUGGACUGGGGUGGUCAGACAGAGAGAUGGACUCCCCCCGCAUCAUUGGUGGCUACGUGAUGGCCCCCCACUCCUCCAAGUACCUGGUGUCUCUCAAGAGGAAAACGGGCUUCCAUUUCUGUGGCGGGGCACUGGUCAGUCGCAGCUGGGUCUUGACCGCUGCCCACUGCAAAACUGGACUGAACCAAAUGCUCGUGGUGGCUGGGGAAUAUUCGCUUUCCACUUUCGAAGGCACGGAGCAGAUCUUCCGGCCUGCCCGCAUGGUGGUGCAUCCUCACUACAGCGCCCCUUCGAAAAAUGCAGACAUCAUGUUGAUUAAGGUGACCCCAAUCCCUCGGGGCCCCCAAAGCUGGCAGGGCCCCAAGGCAAGAGCAGCCGUGUCUCCGCCCAGGGACACAAGCCGGGCCGCUUCCUUGCGCCUCAAUGGCCCCCGGGUCUCUCUGUUGUCUCCCCCCCAGCUGAGCCGGCCGGUGGCCUACAGCCCCUUUGUCUCCAUCGUGCCGGUCCCGCGGCAAGGAGCCAAGGUUCGGGCCGGCCGCCUCUGCCAGGUCUCCGGCUGGGGCUACACCACGCCCGUCGGGGGCAGGACGUCGGACACCCUGCGCAGCGUCUACCUGCCCCUCGUCUCGACGUGCAAGUGCAACAGCUCCGCUUCGUACGCUGGUUACAUCACCAAGAACAUGAUUUGCGCCGGAUUUGGCAGCGGAGGAAAAGACGCCUGCCAGGGGGACUCCGGGGGGCCGCUGGUGUGCGACGGACGCGUGUUCGGCAUCGUUUCCUGGGGACACAGCUGUGCCAGCCCCGGAUAUCCCGGCGUCUACACGGCAGUGGCCAACUUCCAGAAAUGGAUCUACAAGACGAUUUUCAAGAAAUAACGGGUGCUUUCUUUUGCAUGUAUGGUGACUAAAGCUGCUUCCCCUAGGGCGGAAGGGUAAACGACCUCGCAGUGAGCUUCGGGUUUAUUUUUUCCCAUGGGGAAGGCCGAAGAGGCUUUGUUCUCAUUCGGUCUUGAGCCCUUUGGGGUUCGGUCCUACAAACCACAAGGGGAAAUGGGAGGCCUCGCAGAGGAGCUGGAGCCACCCCGACAGAAACUCCUGCCCUCGGCCAGAUGCAGAUCGGCCACCCUUUCCGUGUUUUCUUCUGAAUAAACCCAGGGAGGAUCUUGGCCCCGUCCCGUCCCUCGAGAGCCACGCUGCCAGGGCCUUUUCCCCGCCCCUCUCCCACCCCGCUGCCCAUUGCCUAGUUGGCUCUAGAGCGCCACGUCAGUGAACGGACGAAUUCCUUUCUGUGCUCCCCAGCUUGGAGCUCUACGUCCGGAUUCGGGCACUGCCAAGACUGGCAUCGGCUGUAGGCCUCUGCCCCAGACCUUGAAAGAGGGCAGAGCCCCCCACCCACAAAGGCCAUCCUGGGUCCCUCCUGAUGGGUGUGGAGUGUCAGUAAAAGCAAUGAGAACAAAGGAAGCAACUGAAACUGUGGAAACCAGCUCCAGUGGCAGGAAGGGAAAGACGGAAGGGAGGAAAGGAGGAGGCAUUUCAAAAAGUGAGGGUGCGCCAGUUCAAGAGAGCCAACCUUUUUCCUAAGUCCAAGGCCUCUUCCAAAGGCAGGCUGGCGCCACAGACGGUGCAGCUGUUUUCCUCUGAAAACCCGCCUGUCCCCCUGACUGCUUCUUGGGCAGCAAAGGGAAGGGCGUCCAACAAACCCAAGUAGAGCAUAACGCACGGGGGACCGCCCACCAUUCCGAAAAGAAAGCUGGACCACCGAGAACAGGGUAAUGAAACUCCUUUGGCUUCAUUUUGGGAAGAUUAAGCAGGUUGCGCUUCCUAAAGCUCGGCGGGGAUUCGGCGGAGCAAAAGCCUUAAAAAGGAGUAAUCAAAAUGUCGAAUCAAAGUCCGCUGAAUGGUUGGCCUUGAUCCAGCCACUCCUUGGAUCGAGAGAUGACAUUCCAAGCCAGAACCGUCCCUGAACUUCGGGCAAAAACACAACUAAAACAUGCCCUAAACGAAGGGUCUUGCACGUAAAAGGAGCCACGAAGUUGGCAAAGGGCCCCUUGCUGUCAGGCUAAGAACGUCAGUGUAGAGGCCUUUUCUGGCUGGGCUAUUGGCAACAACCCCAGCUUGGCGACAGCGCCUAGCUGACCUCCAAAAGAUAUACAGUCCUGGCCUGUACUCGGAUGGGAGACCACCAGGAACCGAAGACCAAUUUUAAAAACUUGUUACUUAGGCUUCUAUGCUCUUCCAGUUGUAUGCGUCCGUGAAAAGCUUACACUUCCAGGUACGGUAACAGGGUUACAACAGGAAGCGUAAAACUGAGAAGCGACCCGGAAGGCAGUGAGGACAACCGCCUCCCGUGCGGUUGCAAAGAAAGAAUACGGUUGCGUCCAUCUAGCCAUCAAGAGCCAAGGGAGACUUGAAGGGGUCUUUCCCUCAUCUGCAAUGACGGUCAACCCUUUGACGGUGCAGACAAACCUAGCUUCCCGUUAAGGAACCUGAAUGAGAAUGCUACACAAUCCAAAAAUAACACACAUCUGCC